AUGAAGGUGGAUUUUGAGAAAGCUUAUGAUCGGUUAAGUUGGAAUUUGUUGAGGUUUGUUCUUAAGAAAAUGGGGUUCGGGGAAAGAUGGUUAAGGUGGAUGGAAGGAUGUGUGUUUACUAGCUCUUUGUCCAUUAUCAUUAAUGGGAGUGUCACUAAGGAGUUUAAUGUGGAAAAGGGCCUCCGCCAAGGUGAUCCGUUGUCCCCGUUUUUGUUUGUCAUAGCCGCGGAAGUUCUAACGGGCCUUAUGAAUAGAGCUACCUCGUUGGGUGAUUUUAGAGGUUUUCUUUAUAACGAAAUUGAUGCGUGUGGUAUGCUUCAAUUCGCGGAUGAUACAAUAUUUAUAGCGGAAGGAGAUCUCGCGAAUAUUUGGACCAUUAAGUCUAUUCUUAGAGGAUUUGAGAUUAUGUCGGGGGUGAGGGUUAAUUAA